UUUACUAUUUAUCGUUUGUUACUCCAUUUCUCUCUGGAUCUGAAAUCGGCAAAAUCUGAACCCUAAAUUUCUUGGGGCUUUCACUUCGUAGAUCGGGAUAAUGGAGAUGUGGACCUGUUUCUAUUGUCUAUCAUUCUGAAAGGUUUAGCUUCUCUGUUCUGAGUUAUUUGAUCCUCCAACUGAAUAUUUUAUCGUAUUCCUCACACAUGUUCCUUCUGCACGACUUACUUCUGGAACUCCUCUGUUGUCUUCGUCUUUCGCUUUCGUUUUCUUCUCCACUAAGUGUAUGAAUCGCUUCUGAAUCCAGCGCUACAUGAUCUUAUCCCUAAUUUUCUUUGGGUGUACUCUUGUUGAGCCGCCAUCAGGAAGGGCUCAUGAGUUGCUCCAGUUUAGAUAGCUUUCUGUUUGUUGCUACCGUUGGAAUAUAAAGCAUCUUUUGGUACAUUUGAUAUGUACAAAAUGGAUAAGUGGAAAGGCUGUGGAAAACUAGGGCAACUGUUGCCGAGAGGUGGUUCUGUAACUUCUUACAAGUAUGCUCUUUUGCUGUCACCUGUUGUCUCUGUCUGGGAUUGCAUUGUCAGGAAAAGGAGGUAUUCCUACAGACCUGAGUGGGUGUAGUGUUUAGGAUAGUAAAAUAUAGUAGAUAUUAAUAAAGUGAUCCUCUAUAGACUCUACAGUAUCAUGAUGAAAGGAUGGAGAAACAAUUACGAGGAUAUAUAUACUACUUACAACUAGUUCUUUGAAAAAGUGAUUGAAAAGAUUUGUUAGGUAUGGCUAGUUUUGUGGCAAGUAUGGGUAAUAAAGGACAACCUGUCGUGAAGAAAGCAAAAAAGAAGCAGGUGAAGGAUGAGUUGGAUCGUCAGAAACAAGCCGAGAAGAAAAAGAGGCGGUUAGAAAAAGCCCUUGCUACUUCAGCAGCUAUUAUAUCUGAACUUGAAAAGAAAAAACAAAUGAAGAAGGAAGAACAGCAAAGGCUGGAUGAAGAAGGUGCUGCUAUUGCUGAGGCUGUUGCUCUGCAUGUCCUCAUUGGUGAAGACUCAGAUGACUCAUACAAGAUUCUUCUGAAAAACGACGGUCUCAACCCUUGGGAGUGCCCUGGGCAGUUUGACCACGUAAUGAAUGUUACAAGACCUGGCAUUCCAGUGCAGGAGUUCGGGAGGUGCUCCCUUGAAGGGAGUAGGUGGACCUCUAAUCUCAAUAGAUUUGGAUCAAAGUGGCACGGAUUUAGGAAUGACUACUGGUCAGUCUCAGCUGGACCUUAUGCUGAAGGUCACCACCAUGCCUUAUGUUUCGAGCAAGUUGAUGGUGCUGUAAGUGAGAUUUCUGCUGGUAUUAUAGCAGCUCAGUCUGUCUCAUCGCUUCAAAUUGCAGUAGACAGGGAUGAAGAAAUCGACAUCCUUGACAGAAUGCAAAGGGGUAUGUAAUUUAAACCACACAUUUGAAAUGGUGGUAGUUUGGUUUUGUACAUGUUCUCAUAAUUGUUUAACUCUUUAUGGUUGACCUGAAUCCUGUCGUUUGCCCGGGAAAUUAGUCUGUCUUUUUUGGGGAGUUCUAAGUUAUCUUGUACCCAGUGUUGUUCUUAUCGUCAGUCCCUAAGUUAGCAAAUUCAACAUGCAGUUUAUGUGUUGAUAUGCUCAAAGGGCACUCUCAGCAGCAGUUUGAAGCAUUCUUGUUAAAGUCCGUUCACUCAGAUCAUUAGUCUUGUGGCUUGUUAAAUUGUAUUUUUAAGAAUUUGUAUUAUAGAAAAUGUUAUGCUUCAAUGACUUAACUGCCUGUCAACAUUAUCUUC